GGAGCUCUAAGUCGGCUUGGACAUCAGGACCAUAGAGAAGCGGGGAGCUGGGGGCAGAGCGGCCACAAAAAGACUGGACCCCAGAACUACCCCCCUGAUUGCCCCCCAUCCCCCCCAGCCAUGCACCACGGCCUACUGACCGCCUGCUGCCUACUUACUGCUGUGUGUGUCCAGGCUGCCAUCAUUUUCACCAAGCACCCGUCCUCACAGGAUGCCUUUCAUGGGAGGAGUGCCUUGCUGAGCUGCGAGGUGGAGGAUUCGGCAGGGGUGCAGUUUCAUUGGCUCCAUAAUGGAAUACCGGUAAUAGACACGGAGCGUAGGUACCAGGAGGACAGCAGUCUGACCUUCACAGCCGUAGACAGGCGGUUAGAUGGGGGCAACUUCCAGUGUGUGGCACGAAAACCAGAUACGGGUGAAGAAGACCGGAGUGCCAAUGCCUCUUUUAAUAUUAAAUGGAUUGAGAGUGGAGGGGUCAGCCUGCAACAUCCAUCCUCUGUUGAUGAUAUACAGAGCUCGUCCUCAGUCACACUGCGCUGUCACAUAGACGGGCACCCACGGCCAAGUUAUCAGUGGUUCAGAAAUGGCGAUUUGAUCUCAGAUGUCGGCCGCUCCUACUCCUUCAGUAAUAAGGAGCGCACAUUAACGCUGCGCAGUGCAGAACCGGAUCACAAUGGAGAGUACUACUGCUGCGCACACAACACACUUGGGAAAGUCUGCAGCAACCGCAAUUUCACGCUAAGCAUAAUCGAUGAGAGCUUCCCUCAGGCACUGCUUAUCCCAGAGGACCAGAUAGUCAAUAAAAAUGAAGAUGCCAUAUUUCACUGUCAAUUCACUGCCACACCACCUCCCACUCUGGAAUGGCUGUUUGAUGAGGAUGACAUCCCACUAACCAACAAGACCAGGAUCACUGUUUUCCAGAAUGGUUCCCUACUCAUCAGCUCUGUCAAACCCCGCAGUGCAGGCUUGUAUCGCUGCAUCGGGACAGGAAGUCGUGGGAAACAGACUGAGCUCAAAGCAAAACUACGUCUGGCUGCAAUUGAAGACAUGCGCCCAUUUUCACCUAAAGUCCUCAUCGCAGACACACUACAGCGAAUCACUUGUGACCCACCAAGGGGGCUUCCUCCUCCUGCAGUGUGGUGGGAGAAGGAUGGACUCCGUUUUCCUGUGGAAGGCAGAGUGUACCAGGACGGACCAGAGCUUCGAUUCAGUCCUAUCAUGAAGGAGGAUGCAGGCACAUACACCUGUCACGCAUCCAACAGGGCUGGGGAACGCAAACAGAAACUCGAGAUCACAGUCGCAACCCCGCCUGAGUGGAUAGAGAAGCCUCAGGACACUAAUAUGGAGGAAGGCAAAUCUGGCAUUCUUCACUGUCUCAGUAAAGCCUCCCUAGAACCCACCGUGAACUGGUAUCGCAAUGGCAUUUCCAUGUCUAAGAUCAUCCGUUCUCACGGAAUAUCUACCUCUGCUACUCACGCCACACCCCUGCAGGAUUACAGGUUUGAAAUGUUCCCAAACGGAACUCUGAAGAUCCUUAAUGUGGAGGUGUAUGAUGGUACAGUGUAUAAGUGUGUGAGCACGACACUCGCUGGCAGCAUAGAGGCGCAGGCUAGAGUACACGUACAGGAGAAUCUAAAGUUCACACCUCCACCGCAUUCUAAGUGCAUGGAACUCGACCAAGAGAUUACAGUGCAGUGUUCAGCCACAGGCCGGGAGAAACCCGCCAUACGUUGGGUUAAAGCAGAUGGCAGCAGUCUGCCGCCCCACGUGGACUCAGAUGCUGGCCUCCUACAUUUCCAUCGUGUGAGUUGGACCGAUGCUGGGAACUACACCUGCAUUGCAUCCAACAGCCAGCAGGGGGAGAUCCAGGCUGCUGUGACCCUCAUGGUGGCAGUUUACGUCACUUUCAAGAUUGUACCAGAGAACACCACUGUGUACCAGGGGCACACUGCCAUUCUGCACUGCCAAGCCCGUGGAGACCCCACACCACAAAUACAAUGGAGAAGCAAGGAAGGGAUGCUGGAGAAUAGCAAGUCCCACUCACGGGUUCAGAUUAUGCCGAAUGGAUCUCUCAUUAUCUUCCACGUCACCAGUGAGGAUUCUGGGAAAUACACCUGCAUUGCUGGGAAUGUUUGCAAUAUUAAGCACAGAGAUUCCUUCCUCUAUGUUGUGGACAAGCCUUCAGAUGACAAGAGUGAACAGAACUCACAUACUCCAUACAAGAUGAUCCAGACCAUUGGGCUCUCGGUGGGAGCCGCUGUGGCCUACAUAAUCAUUGUGCUUGGACUCAUGUUCUACUGCAAGAAACGCAGAAAGGCCAAGAGACAGGACAAACCUGAGGGCGAAGAGCCAGAAAUGGAGUGCCUUAAUGGGGGCAUGAUGCUUCAAAAUGGGCAGAAUACGGCUGAGAUCCAUGAAGAUGUCCCACUAAUCACUCUGGGAAAUAAACGACUGAGUUCUGGAGACAAACUGAAUUUUCCCCGGGCAAACCUGCAUCCAAUCACCACGCUAGGUCGCGGUGAGUUCGGUGAGGUGUUUCUUGCUAAAGCCCAAGCUGUAGAUUCUGCUGCGAGUGAAACCAUAGUCCUGGUGAAAUCACUUCAGACUCGUGAUGAACAGCUUCAGAUGGACUUCAGACGGGAGCUGGACAUGUUCUCAAAGCUCAGCCAUGCCAAUGUUGUGCGUCUACUCGGCCAGUGUCGUGAGACAGAGCCACACUACAUGAUCUUGGAAUACGUGGACUUGGGAGAUCUGAAACAGUUCUUGCGAAUCUCCAAAAGCAAAGAUGAAAAACUGAAGACUCAACCUUUGAGUUCAAAGCAGAAGAUUUCCCUGUGCUCCCAGGUGGCCCUUGGGAUGGAGCACUUGUCUAAUGCACGUUUUGUACACAAGGAUUUGGCUGCUCGGAACUGCUUAGUUAGCGCACAGAGACUUGUGAAGGUGUCAUCCCUGGGAUUGAGCAAAGAUGUGUAUAACAGUGAAUACUACCAUCUUCGCCAAGCUUGGGUUCCCUUACGCUGGAUGCCACCUGAGGCUGUGCAAGAUGAUGACUUCUCCACCAAAUCUGAUGUGUGGUCUUUUGGUGUACUAAUGUGGGAGAUCUUCACCCACGGGGAGCUGCCAUAUACAGCCAUGCUUGAUGAUGACGUUUUGGCUGGCUUACAGGCUGGCUCUUUAAAGCUCAAUACUCCUGACGGUUGUUCCUCCAAGAUCUACAAGCUGAUGCAUCGCUGCUGGGCUCCCAGCCCCAAGGACCGGCCCUCAUUUAGCGACAUUGUCAACACUCUUGGAGAGAUCCCUGCUGACAGCAAGAUUUGAGGCCCUUGGUGUGGGGCGGUGGGACAGGCUUCAUGCCAUCAAUUUCGGAACAAGCCAGUGAAUGCCUCAGGGAGGGGACUUCUUACAGCAGUGUGACCACUGCGCACAGGAUACAGAUUAUUCCAAUAACACCACCACGAUAUAGAAAGCAAUGAACUUGAUCAGGUGACCUUUUUCAACCUGAAAUCCAUGUCUGCAAUAAACCUACGGGCUCCAGUGCUGCUAUGCGAUAUUUGUGAACUAUUAAGAAGUUCUCAUAUCUUCAUUGUCCUGUGUCACACCUAAAGCACAAGUGCACAACUAGCCCUCUGUCACUCCACCGCCCCAGUGCAGAGCUCUCUCUGUCCAUGUUCUUUGUAUAUAGAAUAAUCAGGUCAUUAACACUAAUGUAACAUGUUUUUUUACAAUAUUUAUUCAUAAUAUUUGUCGCCUAUCGGCACUGACAUAGACAUGCUUGGGAAAAGUCAGAUACAUUUCAAUUUCCCGCUGCCUCUGUUGGGCAAAAGCUUGGUGACUGUCCAUCGGUAUUGACUAUGGGGUCUUUGUCAUGUUAUCGUGGGGCGGUCGCAGUGAUUGGAAGAGUAAAUGGAAACAAUAAUGCAUUAAAUGCUGGGAAAUUAGGUUCUUCAGAGUCUUUAUUCAGUUUGUUAACGUUCCAGAAGUACGACCGGUCAAGUCACUAAAGACUACAAUUGUGCACCACCUUGUAUGUUAUUGCUGCCAUAUAUAGGCAAGUCAUGGUCAACAAUUUUAUUUUAGUCAUUUGUUUUUUUAAUGUAUUUUCUUGUCCUAUUUCAAUUCGCUGUGGAGGGCAGAUGAAUCAGAAAUUACAUCCUUAUGUAUAAAUCAGACGGAAGCUGUACAGUGUACUAUCCACUAUCCUCUAAGCAUGUUUUAUCAUUCCAGGGUCUGUCAACUGCAUCACCCACAUGGGGCACAAGGUUCGGCUGCCUGCCUGUGUUCUCAGUUAUGUUUUAUCUUUUUGUGUGUUUUUAAUCUGAACACCAUUUGUCUUCCAUGUUAUCCUGUAUCCUCACACACUAAGUGCCUGUUUAAUGAAGGAUUUCUUGAUACCACAGCAGUAAAUCUGGCCUUGAAAUGUUUCACCCAGAGCAGUCAUUAUUUUGUAUUGUUUGUUUCAGAUUUAACUUUUUUGUUUUUUAUACAUUUGUUACUAUUGGUACUUUUUUAUUAUAGGGCCUUGGUACUGCCCAAAUUGUGCUUGUUUUUAUUUUAUUUUUUUAAUUUGAGUUUUUGAUAUUUCUAAAUCAGUUGCACCUAAUAAAGGAGUCCCCUUUUU